AUGGCCCCUAUUGCCAUCGAGACGCCAGCGGCAAGCCAGCUGUAUGAUAGCAAAGUUCUAGUGAAACCGUGGACUCGGCCAACUAAGACUUCAGAGAAUCUUGAAUAUGCAGAACUGCCCAAGAUCGAUCUGUCGCGGUUUGACGAGCCCGGCGGCAAGCAAGAGCUUGCUAAGCAACUUUAUGAUGCCGUGACUAAAGUUGGCUUCUGGUCCGUAGUCAAUACGGGCAUUGAUGAUGAGCGUGUUCUUCGUCAGUUCAGCAUCGGAAAUACAUUUUUCAAGGAGCCCUUGGAGGAGAAGAGACGGUUUCCCUGUAACUUUGCUGAAGGCGAAUAUUUCGGAUACAGAGAGAAUUCACGUUGGAUUGGCGACACGGGAGUCAAGGAGAACGUGGAAAUGCUAAAUAUACCCAAAAACAUUCCGGCUUUUGACAACGUCGGGAGGCACAGGAUUGUUGAGCAGAACUGGGACGAGAUUGCAUCUUUUCAUAGAGAUCUGUUCGAUAAGGUAAUCCGGAAACUCUUCGUGCUCAUUUCCAUCAUUCUUGAACUUCCAGAAAACUACCUCGCAGAUGCACACGCUUAUGACGAAGAAUCAGACGACCACCUCCGGUACAUGAUCUACAACGUAAGAAGUCAAGAGGAAUGGGAUAAAGCCCAAGCUUACUCUAAGGGUGGUCACACCGACUUUGGCAGCUUGACUCUACUAUUCUCCCAACAUGUUGCCGGGUUGCAGAUACGCACGCCAGAGGGAGAGUGGAAAUAUGUGAGCCCCGUAGAGGGUGGUAUCACUUGCAACGCGGCGGACACUUUGACGUUUCUAACAAACGGGUUCAUCAAGUCAACUAUUCAUCGUGUGGUCACGCCGCCGAAAGAUCAAAUCAGCAUUCCACGACUUGGUUUACUCUAUUUUAGUAGGCCUGGCGCCAAUACGCCCAUGAAGACUGUCCCAUCUCCGCUGCUAGACCGUCUUGGGCUCAUUGCAGCGGAAGACAAAGACCCGAAUAAGCCAGUAGUCUCCGGAACUGAGUACGUGAGAGCACGAGUUAAGGAUGUGCAUUACAAGACUAUUCUCGACAAGCGUGAGGGAACAUCUUUCGAAUUCAAGGGAUUGAGUGUACAGAAUUACUAUAAGUAG